UUUUGAUCAACCCCUGUAUGAGUUAACAAUAAAACAAAUCACCUUAACGGUGUUUUAACUGGUGCAUGCAAGAUUUCAAUGCUAACCUUUAGUGUGCUCUUUCAAAUGAAAAAUGAUAUGAUUGUUUAAAACUUAAAAAAUGACGAAAUUAAACGUUCUAGUGAUAAUCUGUGUUUUAACUGGCGCUUUUAUAUCACAAGUGGAAUGUCAACCAUCAAGUCUCCAAAUCGAGCAAUCAUCAUCGGCAUGCCACGGACCUUAUUCUGAUGAAACUACAGUCAAUGCAACGUGUAAUAAUGGUCAGGUGAUUGCUAUAAACAGGGUCACAUUGGGUUCAAAACUGCAAUCUACAGGAUGUCCUCCGGACUACAAUGCGUCGCACGGUUUCUCCGCCUGCUGCACAAACGACCAAACAAAUGACUGUACAUUCUCGUUGUAUCAAGAAAAUUAUAACUACCAUAGAAGAUGUAACGGACAACAAACAUGUAAGGAACAAACCCAGGUUCAACAAACUACUGGCUGUACUCAAGGAUCUUUUACUACACUUAGCCGAUACAUGUUCAUGGAGUAUUACUGCAUAGAGGACGAUAAAAUGGUAGAGUUGUGUUCCGCCACGACAUCUACACUAACAAGAGAGAACACUACCAUCUACAUUUGGAACACAGAUUUUGAGGUUUCGACCAUCAAGCCGUCUGACCCAAGUUGCAACUGUUCCGUGGAGAUAGACAACUGUGAUGCUUAUAUUGAUAUAUAUAAAAUGUACAGAAUACUCACGGGAAACGGAAAUGGGAUGUGCAACCAAACUAUCCGGAUUGGAAGUGGUGAAGAUAGUACCGUCCUGUAUGAGUGGACAUGUAGUGAUAAUAAACAAGAUAUAGAAAACUUCCAGGCACAGGUUACUUAUAUACUGGUUAACCUAGAAAAUACCCGUAACGAUACCGACGGCAAGGUCUGGAUGGGAUUUCAAGCUACACAGAAUUCUAACAUUACUAUCAGCUGUCCGCCUACAACCCAACAAUACUGCAAGCAGACGACAACCAGUACAACCAUGGUAACCACAUCUACAACCACUGAGAAUAUGACAUCAACAACAACGACAGAACCUUCGACAACAACAACAACAACUAUUAUAACGUCACCAGUUACACACAAUGUAACAACUGCAGAAGACAAUUCUGAUGAAAGGGAUGAUUUCUUGGCUGUAGUGAUUGCUCUAGGAGUGUUGUCGGCCAUACUGUUGAUUGUUGUUAUGAUAUUAUCGUGUUGCCUCUACAGAACAUGUCGUACCAAAAGCAACAAUGACAUAGAAAAGGUUCCCGUGGAGAAUAAACCAUCCCUGCAACAGCCAGUCAUGGUAUCCAUACCAGAACUGCCCGCUCGUCCAACUUUAAAAGACUUUGCUUGCCAGGUACAACUACACCAUGCUAUGGAAACAAAAGAUCUUCCUGUACCGAACGUCAACUCUCAAAUGAAUGAAAUUCGUAUUCAGAGGGCAGAGAUUGGCUGCCAAGUAACCUUAACGGAAUCAGACAUUGUAACUGAUUUCAUGAUGUCUGAAGAAAAGUCAACUCAAACUGAAGUACCAUCAUUAAAGCAUAAAGAUAAAGGUGUAUCAACAGAAGCAAUAUUACAGUCUAAUGGACAAUCUCAAACAGACAUGAUUAAGACAAAAAGUCAGAAGAGUCAAGCAAAUAUCAAAACAGAGAAAAAUGUUCAAACUACAAGCAGUCAGACGGAUAUUAUCCAUCGAGAUGAAACAAAACAAGAAAAAGUUAAGCAAUCCACAAUUGUUCCUGACAAAACACCAAUCAAGCCUGUGGCUAAUGGAAAUAUUCAAGCAUUUGUAGAUGAAGAUGAAGCGGCUCCAAUCAAAAUGGAAAAUGUAAUUAUCAGCAAACAUAAGCACAAAAAGAGAACAAAGAAAAAGAAAAGGAUUCCAAAAAGUGACGAUGAACGUGACAUUCGUAAUACAUCUCCUGAUACUCUAGAUAUAACCAGUGUAGAUACAAUCAAAGACUCUCCUGCAAACAGAAGAUUUUUGUUUACACCGGAAAAGGAAGUAUAUAAACCGGAACCGGAAAUGUCUCAACCAGAAACGGUUGCAGACAGUUAUCAAACCGAUAAUAGUGAUACUGAAAGUCCGGAUACGCAUAGUAGAGAAGUUCGCCCAAUUCAGGUAAGGCCAUUUAGCCCAACGGUUGCGAAGGAGAUUAAACAUGUUUACAAAGUUCGCAGCGUGAUGGCUAGUGCUUUCUUUACUCAGGAAAAGAAUGAGGAAAAGCUGCUACAUAUGAUAAGACGUCAAUCCAAGAAGAAACGAGUGAAAAAACGAAAAGAUUCACAUUGCUAAAACAUGAUAUCAUAACAGUAUCAUACAAACUACUUUGCACGUACUACACAUAAACAGAAUAUACAAUAAGGGGCAUUUUAUUUAUAAAUAUAUCGUUUUAUUUAUUAAAAUGAUUUCUGAUA